UUUUGUGUUAGAAAUAAUUCCUUAGCGAAAAUUUAUAGUUUCGAUAGUAGUAAAGUAUGCUAAGUUAUUUUUCACAUGUCAUGCUCUAAGUUUGUGAGAAAACAGCUAAAUACUGCGGCAUAGACAAGGAUUUGUAUGUAUGCUUUUUGAAGCUUCACGAAAACAACGGACUAGUAUGUAUGGAAGUGCGUUAGACUGAUUGCGCCGCAAAUUAUUUACUCGGUGUCGCAUAUGGUGAGGAAUGAAUGUGAAUAAAUCAAUAUAAGUUUGGCUUUAUACAAGGGGAACAAAUUUAAAUAAGUUGUACCAAAAUCAGAAUGGCAACUUUAGAGCAACAAGCAUCUAAACUUUUGGAUUUUAACCAAAAACUCGACAUCACUUUGCUGGAUAAUAUUGUCGGAUGUUUGUAUUCAUCUGUGGGUGAGCAGCAGCGGAUAGCACAGGACAUUCUUACUGCUCUAAAGGAACAUCCCGAUGCUUGGACACGAGUUGAUACAAUUUUGGAGUUUUCUCAAAAUCAAGAAACUAAGUACUAUGCUUUACAAAUUUUGGAACAGGUGAUACAAACCAGAUGGAAAGUUUUACCCAGAAACCAGUGUGAGGGAAUUAAAAAAUACAUUGUGGGUCUUAUCAUCAAAAAUUCAUCUGAUCCAGUCACUAUGGAGAAUAACAAAGUGUAUCUGAAAAAGCUUAACAUGAUUCUUAUUCAAGUGUUAAAAAGGGAAUGGCCACACAACUGGCAAACCUUCAUAAGUGACAUAGUGGGUGCGUCCAAGACCAACGAGAGCCUUUGUCAAAACAAUAUGGUCAUUUUGAAACUACUCAGUGAAGAAGUGUUUGUUUUUAGCACAGGACAACUUACACAGACAAAAGCAAAACAUCUCAAAGAUACUAUGUGUUCUGAGUUUAAUCAAAUAUUUCAACUAUGUCAAUUUGUACUUGAAAAUUCACAAAAUGCAACAUUGGUAGAUGCAACACUUCACACAUUGUUAAGAUUUCUGAACUGGAUUCCUUUGGGUUACAUAUUCGAAAUGAAGUUAAUUAGCACUUUAAUUUUUAAGUUUUUGAAUGUGCCAAUGUUCCGAAAUGUAACAUUGAGCUGUCUGACAGAAAUAGCUGGUGUAACCGUCAGUAAUUAUGAAGACCAGUUUGUAGCACUGUUAGUGCAGACAAUGGAGCAGCUGGAAGUGAUGCUGCCGCUGUCAACCAACAUCCGAGAAGCUUAUGCUGCUGGUAGAGAUCAAGAACAAGUGUUCAUUCAAAACUUAACUCUUUUUCUCUGCACAUACUUGAAAGAGCAUGGUCUGCUUAUUGAAAAAAGAGGUCUAACUACAACUCUCAUGAAUGCUCUUCGAUAUCUAGUCUUGAUAUCAGAAGUAGAAGAAGUUGAGAUCUUUAAAAUUUGUCUGGAAUUUUGGAAUGCUUUAGCAGCAGACCUUUAUAAAAUCAGCCCCCAUUCGUCCAGUUUGUACAGCUUAGGCAAAAGUGUCGGUGGAAGAGCUCUGUAUGCUGAUGUCUUAAGUAGUGUACGCUACAUCAUGAUCUCUCGAAUGGCAAAACCAGAAGAAGUGCUUGUGGUUGAAAAUGAAAAUGGAGAAGUUGUAAGAGAAUUCAUGAAAGAUACUGAUUCAAUAAAUCUCUACAAAAACAUGAGGGAAACACUUGUAUAUUUGACUCACUUGGAUUACCAGGACACUGAACGCAUCAUGACUGAAAAGCUGCAGAACCAAGUGAAUGGUACAGAAUGGUCAUGGAAAAAUCUUAACACUCUUUGCUGGGCAAUUGGGUCUAUCUCAGGAGCUAUGAUGGAAGAAGAUGAAAAACGCUUUUUGGUGGUUGUCAUCAAAGAACUUUUGGGCUUGUGUGAACAGAAAAAAGGCAAAGACAACAAAGCUAUCAUAGCUAGCAACAUUAUGUAUGUUGUAGGACAGUAUCCACGUUUCCUAAGAGCCCACUGGAAGUUUUUAAAAACUGUUGUGAAUAAACUUUUUGAAUUCAUGCAUGAGACCCAUGAUGGUGUCCAGGAUAUGGCUUGUGACACCUUCAUUAAAAUUGCCUUGAAAUGUCGCCGGCACUUUGUAACAACUCAGGUUGGUGAAGCUUGUCCAUUUAUUGAAGAAAUUUUAAGCACAAUCAGUUCUAUAAUUUGUGAUCUUCAAACCUUGCAAGUACACACUUUUUAUGAAGCUGUAGGAUACAUGAUUAGUGCACAAGUUGACCAAGUAGCCCAGGAACAACUCAUUGAGAAAUAUAUGCUUCUUCCAAACCAAGUUUGGGAUGAUAUAAUAUCACAAGCAUCACAUAAUGUAGACAUCUUAAAAGAUCCCGAGGCAGUAAAGCAGCUUGUGAGUAUUCUUAAAACCAAUGUCCGUGCGUGCCGAGCUUUGGGUCACCCUUAUGUGGUGCAGCUCGGUAGAAUAUACUUGGACAUGCUUAAUGUUUACAAGGUGAUGUCAGAAAACAUAAGUCAAGCUAUAGCCCUCAAUGGAGUUGUUGUCACCAAACAACCUCUAAUCAAGAAUAUGAGAAUAAUAAAGAAAGAAACCCUGAAAUUGAUCGCCAGUUGGGUAUCCCGUUCUACAGAUUGUAGUAUGGUUUUAGAAAAUUUCAUACCUCCACUUCUUGAUGCAGUUCUUCUGGAUUAUCAAAGGACCACAGUCCCAGAUGCUCGAGAACCUGAAGUAUUAUCUUGCAUGGCUGCAAUCGUGUAUAAACUUGGUGGGUUCAUCACUUCAGAAGUUCCCAAAAUUUUUGAUGCUGUCUUUGAGUGUACUCUCGAAAUGAUAAACAAAGAUUUUGAAGAAUACCCAGAGCAUAGAACAGAAUUUUUCUUGUUGUUACAAGCAGUCAACACACAUUGUUUUAAGGCAUUCCUCAGCAUACCACCAGCACAAUUUAAGUUGGUGCUGGAUUCCAUAAUUUGGGCAUUUAAGCAUACAAUGCGAAACGUCGCCGACACCGGCCUUCAGAUACUGUUCGGUUUGCUACAGAAUAUGGAACUGCAUCCUCAAGCAGCACAGAGUUUUUACCAAACAUACUUGUGUGACAUUUUGGAACAUGUAUUCAGUGUGGUGACCGACACAUCCCACGGUGCCGGCCUCACCAUGCAUGCGACCAUCUUGGCUUACAUCUUCUCUCUGGUAGAAGCUGGUCGUGUUACAGUGCCUCUUGGUCCAACCCCGGAUAACGUUCUAUACAUUCAGGAGUAUGUGGCAAAUCUUUUGAAAAUAGCAUUCCCUCACUUAACAGACAAUCAGAUCAAAAUAACUGUCCAAGGACUGUUCAACUUGAACCAUGAUAUUCCUGCUUUCAAAGAUCACCUGAGAGAUUUCUUAGUACAGAUAAGAGAGUACACGGGUGAGGACGACAGCGACCUGUACCUGGAGGAGCGUCUGCUGGCGCUGCGCCAGGCGCAGGAGCUCAAGCGGCGCGUGCAGCUGUCCGUGCCCGGCAUCAUCAACCCGCACGAGCUGCCCGAGGAGAUGCAGGACUAGCGCGCCCCGGCGGGUAACGGUUCACUUUAGAUAACUCAGUUAGCGACAGGGAAUUAAUAAACUAUUAUUAAUUUUACAAUGUGACAUAACGUGUUUUGUUUACCUAUUUUAAGUGAAUAUACGAAGCUAACAAUGCUUUUUUUUCGUUUUCUUCGCAUGGGUUAUCACUUUGUUGGUUUGUGAUUUAAUGGUUAUUUAUGAUAUUCACGGUUAGAUAGUUGACAAUAAAACUCUGAACUGCACGGUUAAUCUUUAUUCAAAAUUUAUGGUGAGAACAUUCUGUCUACUUACUAUACAGCACUAUAGUAUCUAAUUAUAAAAUUAACGCAAUUCAUUAUGGUUAUUAAAAAGAUAUGACAUUCAGUCAAAAUUUUGGUAUCGGAAUGUAAUUUAAGUAACUAUACCUACUUUGUUAUAAGUAUGAAAACAAUAUAUUAAUUUAUGAUUUCUUGACUAUAACUUGGAGACUCAAAACAUUUUAAUUCAAUUCAAGUAAUUACAUCUUUGAAGUUGAUUUUUAUCCUCACAAAAACGUCUUACUAUAAGCAUCCGAAUUUUUAUUGGUAUAUGAAUAUGUAUCACUGAUGUACAUAAAAGUAUUGCUUCAAAAACAUCAGCAAAACUCGAAUUAUUUUUCUGGUCACCAUUUGGUUGCUAUUAUUUUGUAUUAUGACAUUAAAUUUUCCAAAAAAAGUAAAUAUUUUCAAGAAUACAUUUUUUAAUUACAUACAGUUAAUCUGAGAAACUGCCCAUCUCAUUAUACAUGGGCUCGAAAUACAAUCGCGAAGUAAGUACUUUUUCGCUUUGAUUUUUUUAUAUUUCAAACAUGCUUUGUAAACGACCAGUCGAAGGUACAAAGCUUAUUUAAUUUGAAUUAUAUUAAAUCAAAAUUAAAAAAAACUAAAUUCGAAAUUAUAUUUUGAUCUCCUUUGGCAAUGUUACCCAAAUGUCUCCACAUUUACAGCUCAAAAUAAAAAAAAACUCAGAACUACGUCGUACCACUCAUUUGAGGCAUGACAAUUUUAUUCACAUACCCUACGGUAGUGAUUGUGAUCUAGAGCCAACCCAUUCAUAUAGUUUCAAUUCAAAAGUACAUUCAGAAGAAUUUUGGGUGUAAAAUUAUCUAAAUCGAUUGAAUGGAAACAAUUAUUCUAAAAUGAGUUUCAGUGAUUUUACAUUCCCAGAUUACUGAACUUUUAUUGAUAUUAAAAUUUUUCCCAACUCACAUCUUUUUAAAGCCGAAAAACGAUUCAUCUAACUAAAAGAUACAAAUACUUGAGGAAUACUUUGGAUUCAAUAAUGAUCAUGAGUCUUAUUUCGUGGACUGAUCAUGUUUCUCGACUUGGCGUACUUGAGUAACAAGAAUAGGCAAAAUUACCUGUGACCAUGAUUGCUAUCUCGUAAUAUUAAUAAAAAAAGGUGAAACGAAGUAUAGUUGAUUGUUGUGUUAAGUUCAACGCUAUUAGACUUAAUAAAGGCAUUGAACAGUUAAACAUGAAUGUUAAUUAAAUAGAAAUUAUUUCUACUCUUUACCUGAAAUAAGUUCAAUUAAAGGGUGUAAGUUGAAUCUAAGUGGACUGUUACCGUUACCUAGCGUUAGUAUAGUAGGUCUGUUACUUGUGCCUAUAAAAUAGUACCUUAUUAUGUCAGAUUGUACAGUGGAUCGCAUGGAACAAUGCAAGGUGAUGAAUGCAAGCGAAAAGAUUUCACAAUGCAAAUCUUUUCAGUGAAGGUAUAUUUUGCAAGCACAAGCUAGUGUUAGGAAUUAAUAAUAUAAGGCAGUAAUGCAUCAAUUUACAUUGCUAGUUGAGGAAUAGAAUAUUUCUAUGUUUU